AUGGGGGCCUCUGGAACUGCCAGCUACCAGCAAGUGGAGUUCAUCUCUGGCUUUGCUACUAAGCAAUCACUUGACUUCCUUGCUCUCACUGAGACUUGGAUCACACCAGCCAACACAUCCACCCCUGCUCUCUCCUCAGGCUACUCUUUCACCCACCCACCGAGACCCACUGGCAGAGGUGGUAGUACAAGUCUACUCAUUCCCCCCAAAUGGAGUUUUUCUAUCAACCUGCUGCCACAUUUUACUCCACUGUCUUUUGAAUUUCAUGCUGUGACUGUAACUUAUCUGGUACAAUUACACUUUUUUGUUGUCUACCGUCCACCAGGUCCUUUGGGAAAGUUCUUGGAGGAAUUAGAUCUCUGCCUCUCGAACAUCCCAGAAAACGGCCCCCCACUUGUCCUUCUUGGCGACUCCAACAUCCAGAAAGGGAAGUCAUCUGACUUACUACUUUUACUUUCUUCCUUUGCUCUCUCACUCAGUCCUUCCCCUCCUACUCAUAAAGCUGGUAACCACCUGGAUCUUAUGUUCACCAGAAACUGAUCUACCUCUAACCUCAUUGUCACCCCACUUAACGUCUGCGACCACUUCUUCAUCUCUUACUCUCUCCCACUCUCACGAUCUGACAACCCUAUGUCAUCAAUAGUCUCAGUACCUGUCCGUCAGGUCCCUCUCUCCCUCCUCUAUGGCCUCAUCUGUUUUAUCAGCCCUUCCUUCAUCUGA